UCCAUUCACCUGACCAGCCAUCAGAACAAAGGGCAGUCUUCAUGGUGUCUACGGGGGAGAGUCCUCAAACAGUGCCGGAGACUGGGAGGUGGAACUACAGGCCCCUCUUCAUUCAGGGAUGAAUGCGUUGGUGCGACCUCGAGCACGAGUUAAACGUUGUACCUGUUACUCUUACAAGGAUAAAGAGUGUGUGUACUACUGCCACCUGGAUGUCAUCUGGAUGAACACCCCAGAGCGAAUUGUACCAUAUGGAUUAACGAAUGUGCAAAGGCAUAAACGUUCGGACAAAGAGGAGACAAGUGGGUCCCCGACGGCUCCAAGAGCUCGAUGUAUCUGCACAGAAGAAACUGAUUGGCAGUGUAACCAAUUUUGUCGACAGAAUGAAAGCCUUCUCGACAAGACGGUGUGGUCGAGUGGACAGAAGGUCACGUUCCGUGUGCCCACUGAGACACCUCGAAGGUAUCCGCUGCCUGUGGCAAGGCCUACACGAUAUUAUGGGAUACACAAUGAUGCAGAACAAAACAGUGGACAAAAACACAUCCCUCUCUGACGCGGUACCUACUUUUUAUCCUCAAUUCGAACAGAAUGCCAGUGAUGCAAUGUCACCUGUCCCAACAGCCCCGGACACACCUGUUCUCUCAGUCACUGCUGCAGACAUCAGAUCGGCCUUCUUGAAAUUGAACCUGAGGAAAGCAACUGGGCCAGAUGGAGUGCCCGGCUGUACACUCAGAUCCUAUGUGGACCAGCUGGCAGGAGUGUUCGCUGAUAUCUUUAACCUUUCCUUGCUACAAUCUGAAGUCCCCACUUCCUUCAAGAAGACCACCAUCAUCCCAGUACCAAGGAAAACAUAUGCCACUGAGCUGUUAAGGCCCAUGGCUCUGACCUCUGUAAUUAUGAAAGGCUUCGAGAGGCUAGUCAUGACUCACACCAACUCAAGCCUCGAUCCUGUACAAUUUGCCGACCAGUGCAACACAGCAGACACCAUUUUCCUAGCCCUACACUAAAAUCGAGAACAUCUGGAUAAUAAUUGUAGUCAUUGGAAGCAGAUGGACCUCAUUAACUACAAGGAUCUUGAUUAGGGUUUUAACCUGGGCCAAUCAUAAAAGCCUUGAAUGACCAAUAUAACCAGGAGAUUAGAAUCUCCUCAGUUGAGGACUGAUUCUCAGCGGGCUGGCCACAGCCAAUGGACUGUGCACUCAUAAAUAAAGGGUGAAUUAGUGAUGGGACACCAGCCUCUGUGCAGUUAUUUCAUAAGGAUGCCAACAUCAGGCUUCUACUUACUGACUACAGCUCUGCCUGUAACACUUUAAUCCCAACCAAACUAACCUCCAAACUCUGAGACCUACGUCUUGGCUGUGCUCCCCAAAACUGGAUCCUCUGCUUCCAGACCCACAGAGUGCAAUCAGUGAAGAUAGACAACAGUUCUUUCUCCAAGAUAAUUCUCAACACCUGUUCCCUGUAAAGAUGUGUACUCAACCCUCUGCAGUACUCCCUGUAUGCUCACGACGGUGUGGCCAAAUUUUGUCUGAGUGUCAUCUGCAGGUCCGCUGAUGGCACCACCAUUGUAGGCCAGACAUCGAACAAUGACAAGUCAGAAUACGGAAGGAGGUAGAAUGCUUGGUGUCAUGGUGCAAAGAUAACAAUCUCUCCCUCAAUGUCAUCAAAACUAAA